AUGCUGCGGUUAUAUGGUGCAUUCACGAUUAUCCAGCUUUGAGCACAUUGUCAGGUAGAGUCACAAGAGGUUACUGUGCGUGUGUGCGAUGUGACAAAAAUCCUUGCUCUAGAAGAAUCAGGAAUAAAAUAUGUUAUGCUGGUCACCGACGUUUCCUUCCCAUGGACCAUCCUUGGAGGCGAUAGAAAUGUUUUGAUGGUCAAACUGAAGGACAAGGGAAGCCAGAGGAGUUUAGUAAAGAAGAGCUGAUGCAGCAAUUGGAGAGGGUCAAGGAUGUUAGGCCAGGAAAGCAUCCUGAAAGCAAAAAGAGAAAGCGGGAAGCAGAUGGUCAAUGUUGGAAGCGAAGGUCUUGUCUGUUUGAUUUGCUGUAUUGGACAAGUCUAAAGCUGCGGCAUAAUCUUGACAUGAUGCACAUUGAAAAAAAUAUAUGUAACUAUAUUCUUGCUAUAUUUCUUGGCAUUCUUGGGAAAUCAAAGGACACUGUCAAUUCUAGGCCUGAUUUGGAAGACAUGGGAAUAAGAAAACAUCUGCACUUGAAGCGUGAUGGAGGAUCAUAUACUGUUCCACAUGCCCCUUACACGAUGAGUAAGAAACAGAAGGAAGCCUUCUGUGAUUUUAUAAGAAGUGUGAAAUUCCCAGAUGGGUAUGCUUCUAAUCUAGCAACACAUGUUACUUCUGAUGGAUGCCACCUGCAAGGACUAAAAACUCAUGAUUGCCAUAUACUACUCCAAAGAAUUUUACCUGCUGCUAUCCGUGGAAUCAUGCCCAAGGACAUAUGUGAUGCAGUUGCUACAUUAGGAAACUUCUUUCUGAACUUAUGUUCAAAAACCCUCAAGGUAGAUGUUUUGCAUAGAAUGAAAGCCGAAAUCCCAAUCAUCCUUUGCACAUUUGAAAAAAUAUUUCCUCCUUUCUUUGAUGUCAUGAUGCACUUGGCUGUCCAUUUACCUGAUGAUGCACUCCUGAGAGGGCCCGUGCAAUAUGGAUGGAUGUACCCGGUAGAAAGAAGGUUGCAUACCUUGAAGCGUUUUGUGAGGAACAUGGCAAGACCCGAAGGAUCCAUUGCAGAAGCAUAUGUUGCUAGCGAGUGCUUGACGUUUUGCUCAAGGUACCUUGAUGAUGUUGACACACGACAUAAUCGGGAGGGCAGAAAUACAGAGCGUGUUGAUCUGCAUAGAGGUGAUCUUUCUAUUUUCCAGCAUGGGGUUGAGUUGAUUGGUGCUUCAAGGAUCACUUUUCUCGAAGAAGACUAUGAUAGAAUGGUUUGGUAUGUGCUGAAUAAUUGCCCAGAGGUGGAGCCAUAUAUGGAGAUAUACAGGAAAGAGUUAGAGAAUGAAGGAGUUCCUAAUGUUGAAAAAACACUUGAGAAGCAAUUUGCCUCUUGGUUCAAGAAGCAUAUUGCGAAACUACGUUACGUGAUGCAAGAAGAUGUCUCUGAUAGUCUAUAUGCGCUAUCAUGUGAGCCAGAUCUUCGAGUUCGGAUAUUUUCGGGAUGUCUUGUCGAUGGUGUCCGCUACCACACUACUGACAGGGAGAAAUAUAGGAGGACACAAAAUAGUGGAGUAAUGGCUGAGGGUACACAUGAUGGAGAAAGUAUUGAAUUUUAUGGCUGUUUGAAACAAAUAAUUGAGUUGCAGUAUAAGUCUACAGAAAUGGAUUACUCUCCUACAGUGGUUCUUUUUCGUUGUGACUGGUUUGAUACUCACAGCAAGAAAUGUAGAAUGAAGGAUGAGGGAUUUUUCAGAAGCAUCAACCAUGGAAGCACAAGGCUGACCCUUUUAUUCUAUCAACACAGGCAACAAAGGUAUUUUACUUGAAGGACAACAAGCAUGCUGAUGACUCCAAGAUUACUGAAAGCUGGAGGAUUGUUCAAAAUUUUUGUCAUAGGCACUUGUGGGAUGUGGCUGCAAAGGACAAUGAUGAAAUACCCAAUGGUCCUGGUUUGUCAUACCAAGAUGAGGCAAGUGACGGUUUUCAAGUGGAACUCAAUGCAGGAAAGUUGGACACCGAACAACAGGAUGAUGAAGAAAUUUUGGAUAUUGAACAGCUGGAAGAUGAAGAUUGUGUUCAAGUUGACGCAAGUAUAGUUGAUAAUCUUCGUGCCCAGAGGCAAGAGGAAAUGGAAGAAAAAGACGAUGAUGAAAAUGACGAAACAUUAUGGCAAUAUGUCAAUGAUAAUGAAGGUCCAACAAGCCUUGACGACGACGAUGAUAGCGAUGUCGACUAGCAGGGUAAAACCAUUUCCUUACUUCUUACUGUUAUUUAAUUUGUUGUAGAAGUUCUCCCAUUCAUUUGUAAUGCAGUAGCCUCACAUAGAAGCUUUGCCUUUUCUAUCUGCAACUAUAAGGGGAACAGAAUGCACCAGAAAAAUGGCACACAUGUCUUGACAUGUCACAUUCACAUACUGGUAUCAGAUCUGAUAUAGCUGAUAUUUUUCAUCACCUAGAGAACCAGUAGAGAUGUUUGGCUGCUGAUCACAUAAUCUUUGGCUGCACAAUGGCUCACUUCCUUUGGUGUCUCAGUAGAGAUGUUUUUGGCUGGCAAGGAGUACCAGUUAGUGUCUCAAACUUCCAAGAAAUUAUUUUAGGGCGCUGGAACCAGUUUGGCGGUGGCUGGUAUCAGUCGGUUUGUGU